GUAAUACAUACACUAGAUAGUGUAUAUGUAUACGUAGUAUUACAGUAAGCUACUCCAAAUGAAUGAUAGCGUAUCAUGCUAUGACAAACUUGUGAUAUAUAUUACUUGCAUGUCGUAGUUCAAGGCAUUGCCGUCGUUCAUCACACUAACAACGAGCUACUGGAUUCCUUUUGAACAACCAGAGUUGGUCGUCGUGUGUAUAUUAGUAUACUGUCAUGCCGUUGAUACGCGCACACAAUGUCAAUGACAAGAACAAAACACGCAGCGUCGACGUACAGGUCAGUGAAGAUGUAACGUUUGAGGGGCUUCUGCUAUCAGCUCCUGUGCUUAAAGGAUUACAUAGGGCUGGGUACAUACGGCCGUCGCCUAUACAACUGCAGGCUAUACCCCUGGGAAAGUGUGGGCUUGAUCUCAUCGCUCAGGCGAAAAGUGGCACCGGCAAAACCUGCGUGUUCACUGUGGUGGUUUUGGAAGGUUUGCAGAUGCAUUUGAACGGUACUCAAGCUUUGGUGCUGGCGCCCACUCGCGAGAUUGCCAACCAGAUCCACGAUGUCUUCCUGACUAUUGGUGCAUGUAUUAAGGGCCUGAGAUGUGUUGCCCUGAUCGGGGGCAACAAGAUAUCUGAGAACAGGAAGCAGCUGAAGACGAAUCGACACGUGGCAGUCGGUACCCCUGGGCGGGUCGUGCAAUUGAUCAACGAAGGCUUAUUCGUCACAAAACAUUUGACCAUGUUUGUGCUGGAUGAGGCCGAUAAGUUAAUGGACGCAGACUUCAAACAUGAGAUUGGAGAGGUGCAUUUCCAUUUACCGGAAAGCAUACAGUUCAUGGUCUUCUCAGCCACCUACUCGCCUAGCCUGGCCAAGAGUCUCGAUGCGUACCUGAACAACCCUGUACACGUGCGCCUGAGUGCGGACGAUCCGUCGCUGGUUAAUGUGCGACAGUAUACUCGUUUGCUGCACGUAUCUGAUCAGACGCCCACGGCAUUCGAAACCAAACUCAGAGCCACCCGCGAGCUUUUGACGCGAGUUCCCUUUCAACAGUGCAUGGUAUUUACCAACAGCUUUGGACAAGGACAGAAGAUGGCUGAGAUUUUCAACCACGAGGGCCUAUCCAUCGAGUACAUCUCUGGCCAAAUGCAACAAGAUGAGCGCUCUGAUGUUAUCAAACGCACCCGUAAUAUGCAGUUGAGGGUCCUUGUCUCCACAGAUCUGACUGCUCGCGGGGUAGAUCUGGAAAAUGUUAAUCUCGUCAUAAAUUUCGACAUACCCAAAUCUGCCGAUACCUAUAUGCACAGAGUGGGGCGAAGCGGGCGUUUCGGUAGUUUGGGUGUGGCUGUAACCAUGGUGAUGGAAAAGGAGGCCAACGAUUGGCAUAAAUUGUGCAAGGCCUAUGAUUUCAAGACUUGUGAACUGGGUAGAGAUAUACCUCCUGAUCUUUUGACUCGUGCGUGUGUAGAUAUACAGACACACAAGGAUAUGAGUUCGGAUGCUUCUGUGGCCGAUGGUAACGAGAAUAUCACGGAGGCUACUGCACUUUCGCGUUCUACUACCAAGGGCCGCUCGGUUGCAGAUGGAGUGAAUCCUGUGGAUGGGACUUCGAGUAUCAAGAUAGGGGUUAAUGCAGGUUUGUGUUCGUCUGCGAACCUACUAGCAAAAUCAAGCUCAGACACCGAUACAAUGGCGAGUUCGAAUACAGCUACGAUUGCAGGGUCAGAAGUCGAUCGCAAGGAAUCAGCAUUGGAGGGCACUGGCGUGGGUGAGUCGGAUACGACUACUAUGGUACAAUGUAUAUCGCCAGGGUUAACGCACGACAGCGAUGCGCACGAGAUAGAUUCAAGUUCGACCCUGCACCUGGAUUCAAGCGCCGGCCCACGUCAGAUCGGACAGUCCAAUUCAAAUACCAAUGACAGGAUUGAUUUGGAAACAGAUACCGUCAAUGCGGACGAUAAACUUGUGGGGACACCUUUGUCCGCUCAUAUACGCACGGAUAUCAGCUCGAGCAAUAGGGCGAUAGGUACACACGAGGAAGUAGAGCUAUGUGCUGGGGAUGCCGUCAUUGGCACUCCGAGUACGGGAAGGAGUGUAAGCCCCAACACCGCUGCGGAUGGGGCAGGUGAGGAGGUAGGCGCAAAGAGUGUAGCCGUAGUUGAUUCUCCCACAGGCUCCACGGGUGUUGCCGUGGACGCGAGCGUUGGUGAUCGCUCGUGGGAUACUGCAGAGUUGCUCUUAGGUACGGAACUGGAGGUACCCAAGCAAGCACACAAACCAAGGUUAAAGUACAUGCAGAAACGACAAGAAGUAUGUCUGCCGGGACUUGCCGACCGAGCCACAGUACGGGCUACCAGGAAUAGGCUACAUAAUUUAGAUUAUAACGACACAUGUACUGUGGAUGGGAUAGUGCCGGCGGGUAACAUAUCACAGACAGAGGCAACAGCGCUUGUCUUACCGUCUGAAGGUAAGGAGUCACUAAAAGUUAAUAGUUCGGAUGAAUACACAGAACCGCGGAGGGAGACGGCGCAUAACAAUGUAUGUGUCGACGUAGUUAGCAAGAUCGAAGAAGUCGAUGUGCAUCGCAUUCCCAUAGAAAGGAAGAGUGGGAGAGAAGAAAGUCAGGGCGGUAUCGUCACUUGCUCCACAAUCACGAAUGACAAGGAUGGGUUUGUGAUGCCAUUCGAUACACAAAAUUCAUUAGCUAGCACGAGCAAAAUCAGGGCAGUUGGUGUGCGUCUGAAUGCUAGCGAAGCAAUGGACUCACCGGGCAAAGCUGUAGAGUUAGAUGCAGUCCAAAACGAAAGGGCGAAGAGAAAACGGAAGACUCGUACAGGAUUCCAAGCCAUGGUGCACACACACUCACGCAAUAGAUCGCAUACGAAAAAUCACUGCGAUGGGCUCGAGCAGGAUGCGCAGAUGCCCGGACCAUGGCGCGUGGUGGAAUCAGGAGUAGUUGAAGCGAGAAGUAUGCAAUUAAGGACAACGGAAGCAUCAACGACGGGAGUGGAAGCUAUGGAACCAGACAUUGAAGAAGAAGGAAUGGAGGAGCACACGGGGAUGGAUCUACGAGAAAGUACUCCGUUAAUAGCGCGCGGGGAUACGGAGGCGAAUUGUAGCGCGGCGAAAGCUAUUGCACCCGCAUCUGGAAUGUUGGUGGAAAAUACCGUAACUGGUCAGAUUGAUGACACAUACAGAUCUCAGACGGCUGAUGUGCGGAGGCAGCGUGUGCCCGUUGGGGGCUUACUCGAAUGCACUGGACAUGUGCCAGCUAGGAGCGCACGCAACCACAGGCACAGGUAUAAGCGGGGACAAUGUUAUGUGCUGCUGAAUGAAUGCACGUCUAGUGCCAGACAUAGUCGGAGAUACGGUGCCAAUUUCACCAGUAAAGAGCAGUCAGACGCUUGUCACAAUGUCAUGUUGGGUCAAGCAGUGCUCAAAAACGACGGGCAUGGAGCAAGUUCCUUAUCUAACGCGAGAGAUAUGCACAGAGAAAAUUAUGUCUCAAAGUAUGCGCCCCGGGAGAGGUCUGGCAACUGCACGGGCGUAUGUCAUGGUAAUUUUUGGAGUAAGGACGAAGCUAAGGUACGUCCUGCUAUUGCAAAUUCACACCCGCAUAUGCCUUCGAGAGGGCCAGUCUCGCAGUACCAAGCACGUCAAUGUCAACGACAUCGGCCAGUCUCUAUAUAUAAUUACGCACAUGCAUGUACAUGUCAUAACUUAUAUCCGCAAGUAUAUGUAAGACCGUUUACUAACCCCUACGAAGGCGUUCAUACUCAAGCACAGCAAUUUCAGUCGUGUGAGAUUGCACCAACUCCUAGCAUUCCCCAAACAGAUGCUUGCUGCGGCACAUGUGCAGCCAGCAAUGCAAGGGAUGAUGUGGGUAUGCACAACUGUGCACUGACACGUAUUGGCCUUUCAUGGUUACGAGCGGAGCCAUCGGUAGAUAAUUCGACACCCUUGUCUGAUAUGCAUGCAUCUGCUUACACCAACACGGUCCUAGGAGCACCCACAGACGUCAAUGUUGGUCGUGCACACAGACCAACGGAUAUCGGCGAUCUCUCAAGUCUAAACUCAACAAAGGUUUUUCCCACAUGAACUGAAUAAAUCCAGUAAUAGGAUCCUUCAGAAACUGGCAUGCUGUCUAUUAAGGAUUACUGUGCGCGCACGGCUAUGCAUCGGACGGGAAGGCUUUGUCCAGUCAGGUGAUGAGAAUACGAGGGCGCAGUCUAAAC